AUGCGCCCACCCAACGAAGCCGACAUAGCACGGUUGCUUGAAAAAGGGGAGCAGAGAGGUUUUCCGGGUAUGCUUGGUUUUAUCGACUGUAUGCACUGGGAGUGGAAGAAUUGCCCAGUGGAGUGGCAAGGCACACAUAGGGGACGAUCUGGUAAGAAUACUCUCGUAUUGGAAGCAGUUGCCUCACAAGAUUUGUGGAUCUGGCAUGCAUUAUUCGGAAUGCCGGGUUCACACAAUGAUAUAAAUGUGUUGGAUCAUUCCUCGGUAUUCAACGGCAUCAUCAAUGGCCAAUUACCUCCGAUCAAGUGGGCAAUAACGCAAGGGCCAGUGCGUUACUGGGAGAAAGAUGACUUGCGCCUCAUAAUGAAAACGUGCAUCAUCCUUCACAAUAUGAUCAUUGAAGAUGAGCGUCAUGCAAAUGUUGGAAGAUGGACUCCGCCACCGGAGGAUGCAAUCCCGAUUCCCACUUUAAGUCGAUGCCCAUCAGUUUUAGCGGCACACAUAUCCUCUCGCCAACUUCAGAUUCACAACAAAGAGACAAAUACGCGGUUGAGGAAUGAUUUGAUGGAAAAUUUGUGGAACCGCUAUGCUGAUGAAGAUGUUUAA